CACCUCGCCUGAAAUGAACAUAUCAUGCUCUGCUAUUUAGGAGGCCACCGGCUUGCUUGUGGUCGUCUCCUUGUUCCAAUCCACCAUGUUGCUGCUCCCUCUUUCGCUCCUCGUCUCCGCCUUUUUCGGCGUUGCCAGCGCGUCCCCGAUCCAAGUACCGCUCGUAGCGCCCCACGACGCUUCCGAGGAGUCGUUGCAACGCAUAGACACGGGCCUCAAGGGGCGCUUCUUGCACCUCACAGACAUGCAUCCCGACAUGUAUUAUAAACCCGACGCCGCGGAGUCGACUGCCUGCCAUAGGAGAAAGCCCAAGAAAGAGAAAGAGCGCGGUGGAUACUAUGGGCUACCGUAUGGGGACUGUGAUUCGCCUUUCACACUUACAAACUUCACUCUUGAUUUCUUGGAGAAACAUUGGGCAAAUGAAAUAGAUUUUGUUGUUUGGACCGGAGACAGCGCUAGACACGAUAAUGACCGAGAGGUUCCGCGAACCCCAGAUGAGAUUUACGAACUUAAUCGUGCAGCAGCUCGCCGAAUGAACGAGAUAUUUACUUCACGUGGUAUACCCGUGGUACCGACUUUAGGAAAUAACGAUGUCUGGCCACAUAAUAUAAUGGCAGCUGGUCCGAAUAGUAUUACCAACGAAUUCUCAAGCAUAUGGAUGAAUUUCAUUCCGUUCGAGAGCUUUCAAGUGUUCCAGCGAGGUGGCUAUUACUCAGUGGAAGUCGUCCCGGACGAGGUUGCUGUGAUCAGUUUGAAUACAAUGUACUUCUAUGAUUCCAACAAAGCCGUGGGAGGGUGCGAAUACGGAGAGGGUGAUGACCCGGGAAACCUCCAAUUCGACUGGUUUGAAGUGCAGUUGGACCGCUUCCGUGAGCGCGGUAUGCAGGUCUGGGUGUCUGGUCACGUCCCGCCCUCACCAGGUAAUUACUUCCCGGGCUGCUUUGUACGGUAUGCGGAUCUUGCCCUGCGAUACCAGGAUACGAUACUCGGACAUCUGUUUGGCCACAUGAAUGUAGACCACUUUUUCUUCUUGGAACCAGAAGAUACUGUGCUCCCUGAAGAGAGUUCAGCGAAGCAUCUUGAGGAAAAGAUUGGCGAACGGAGUCAUUCGUCGCUCGCAGAAACAUUGUUUACGGAUUUUAGUACACUUCCGAGGAAGGGGAAGACCGACCUGGAUGAAUAUGUGAUAAUUAAUGUUGGACCGUCGGUAGUGCCGAACCCAUAUGUGCCGACGUUCCGAGUGUAUGCGUACAAUGCUACGGGCGGGUCCAGUGAUCAGCCAGGGGAAGCAUUGCCGGAGCCGGACUCUGACCUGAAAAAGAAGAAAAAGAAGGGCGGAAAAGGAAAGAAGCGGAAACACGGUCAUCGGCAUCCCGGACGGGAGACCAAUGUUGAUUGCAAGAAGAAAGAAAACCGAGGAACAUGGGCAUGUCGACCACGAAAGCCUCAGUAUGCCAGUGAUGACUCGCCCAGUCGGCGAAACACGCUAUGGACGCCACUCGGCUAUGCUCAGUACUGGCUACCGAAUUUGGACGAGGCGAGCAAGGACGCCAAGCCGAAGUUCAAGCUGGAAUACACGACGAUGAGCGCGUCUAAUGCGCGACGAGCAUUCCCACCGAAGCAGCUACCGAAAUCGCUGCGAGGUGCGGGAAGGGAGGGAGAGGGAGAGGCGGAGGUGAAGAAGAAGAAGGGGCGAAAGUACACACCGUAUAAGCUUGAUGAUCUGACGAUUGGGUCAUAUCUUGGGUUAGGACGGCGGCUGGGGGAUGAGAAGGAGGAAGGCGUACGUGCGCUGUUCCGGCGAUACAUGUAUCAGAACACGGAGUAGAGUAGAACUAGAGGUGUAGUGGUGUC